CUCCAGAUGGCAAGAUAAAAACCAAUGGGUGGAAAUUUCAGGGAAGCGAGUUUCAGCUGAACAUUUCUGCUCAAUGGUAAGAGCUGCUUGGCAGUAGACAAGUUGGAAUUAUCCAGCACAGCAAUCCUUCAUCAGAUCCGGAGGGAUCAAGUCACGGAUACAUGCCGAGCCAACAGCAUGUCUAGCAGGAAACGCCGUGUGCUGACACCCAACGACCUCAAGCAUUUGGUGGUUGAUGAGGAUCAUGAGUUGAUCUACUGCUACGUACCCAAAGUGGCCUGUACCAAUUGGAAGAGAGUCAUGAUGGUUUUGAACGGGAGGGGCAAAUACAGCGACCCGAUGGAGAUACCAGCUAACGAAGCCCAUGUCUCGUCAAACUUGAAGACGCUCAACCAAUACAGCAUCCCAGAGAUCAACCACCGCUUGAAAAACUACAUGAAGUUCUUGUUUGUCCGCGAGCCUUUUGAGAGACUGGUGUCAGCCUACAGAAACAAAUUCACCCAGAAGUACAACACCUCCUUUCAUAAGAGAUAUGGAACCAAAAUUGUCAAGCGCCAAAGGAAAAAUGCGACCCAGGAAGCCCUACAUAAAGGCGAUGAUGUGAAAUUUGAGGAGUUUGUGGCUUAUCUCAUAGACCCUCACACCCAAAGAGAAGAGCCUUUCAAUGAACACUGGCAGACUGUAUACUCUCUGUGCCAUCCCUGCCACAUCCAUUAUGAUCUCAUAGGGAAAUACGAGACACUCGAAGAGGAUUCCAACUACAUUCUUCAACUUGCAGGAGUAGGAAACUAUCUCAAGUUCCCCACCUAUGCAAAGUCUACAAGAACUACUGAUGAAAUGACUACAGAGUUCUUCCAGAACAUCAGUUCAGAGCACCAAACACAGCUGUAUGAAGUCUACAAACUUGAUUUUUUAAUGUUCAAUUACUCAAUGCCAAGCUACCUGAAAUUGGAAUGGGUGGAGAGCCAGAGAAAAGAGAGAAAAAGAGGGGGAAAGAAUAUGAAGCCUGUUUUAUUUAAGAUUUUUAUUUGUCACAAUUACAUAUGAAGAAUGGGUUAUUUUGUAAGUUAAUUUUUCUUAUUUUCUUUUGAAUGAUGCUGCGAGCAGCAUAGUUGGAAAUCUAUUAUUUAAAUUGUCGGUAAGAAGGGACAGCUCUGUUUGCAGGGUAAGAAAACUGCUGCAGCUGUAGCUCUAGAUGUGACUAGUAACUGCAACACUGUUUGGUGCGGGGCGGUGGGGUGGGUAUUAUUUGUGUCCUGAUGAAUUCUUUUCCUUUUGCAUUCUUCAUAAAUCUCAGCCUUUUAUGUUAUUUAUGCUUAUUUAAGAACACAAUAGAUUCCUUGUUAGGAGCCAAGAUGCAACACUGUGUGGACAAAGAAAAUGUUUCCUGUGCAUUCCUUGCAGAAGUUUGUCUCUCUUUCCCUAAUGUCAUUACUGAAUGUUCCACUAGUGAAGAAUGUGUGCUAAUAAUUGGAAACAUUGAAACAGGAAUGGGUUUAAGGGGCUCAGGGGGACCCUCCCUUGAAAUAUAUAUGUCAAAACCUUGUGGUUCUCUGAUCUGUAAGACACACUUUUCUGCCGAUGAUCACACACAGAUGAAGACCCAACGUUUGUCCACAGGGACGCAAGGUCGGUGAGGCUUUCACCUUCGAGAAUGUAUUAAAACAUCACACAUGUGCACUUCCAAAAGGACGGGCAAGGGGAAGGAGGA